AUGCAUGAUGAGGUGAGAGGGGAUGAGAGCAUGCAGGAUGAGGUGAGAGGGGAUGAGAGCAUGCAGGAUGAGGUGAGAGGGGAUGAGAGCAUGCAGGAUGAGGUGAGAGGGGAUGAGAGCAUGCAGGAUGAGGUGAGAGGGGAUGAGAGCAUGCAGGAUGAGGUGAGAGGGGAUGAGAGCAUGCUGGAUGAGGUGAGAGGGGAUGAGAGCAUGCAGGAUGAGGUGAGAGGGGAUGAGAGCAUGCAGGAUGAGGUGAGAGGGGAUGAGAGCAUGCAGGAUGAGGUGAGAGGGGAUGAGAGCAUACAGGAUGAGGUGAGAGGGGAUGAGAGCAUGCAGGAUAAGGUAAGAGGGGAUGAGAGCCUGCAGGAUGAGGUGAGAGGGGAUGAGAGCAUACAGGAUGAGGUGAGAGGGGAUGAGAGCAUGCAGGAUGAGGUGAGAGGGGAUGAGAGCAUGCAGGAUGAGGAUGAGGUGAGAGGGGAUGAGAUCCUGCAGGAUGAGGUGAGAGGGGAUGAGAGCAUGCAGGAUGAGGUGAGAGGGGAUGAGAGCAUGCAGGAUGAGGUGAGAGGGGAUGAGAGCAUGCAGGAUGAGGGAGCAGGGAGUGGGGAUAGGAUAGCAGGGAGUGGGGAUAGGAUAGGAGGGAGUGGGGAUAGGAUAGCAGGGAGUGGGUGUAGGAUAGCAGGGAGUGGGGAUAGGAUAGCAGGGAGUGGGGAUAGGAUAGCAAGGAGUGGGGAUAGGAUAGCAGAGAGUGGGGAUAGGAUAGCAGGGAGUGGGGUUAGGAUAGCAGGGAGUGGGGAUAGGAUAGCAGGGAGUGGGGAUAGGAUAGCAGGGAGUGGGGAUAGGAUAGCAGGGAGUGGGGUUAUGAUGGCAGGGAGUGGGGAUAGGAUAGCAGGGAGUGGGGAUAGGAUAGCAGGGAGUGGGGAUAGGAUAGCAGGGAGUGGGGAUAGGAUAGCAGGGAGUGGGGAUAGGAUAGCAAGGAGUGGGGAUAGGAUAGCAGGGAGUGGGGAUAGGGUAGCAACAAUAGGGAUAGCAGCAGGGAUAGCAGGGAGUGGGGAUAGGGUAGCAACAAUAGGCGACGUGAUGCAACAUAGAGUUCAAAGAGGCAUUACAAGCGUGAUCUCACCUGUGCCUCUAGCCACCAAUUUCCAUGUUGUGGGCGGGUGUAGACUCUUUUGUUAG